AUGUUAGGAGUCGCCGCGCUUCUGUCUCUUCUCCCCCUCGCGUCGGCCACAUCUAUCAUCCCUAGACAACAAUCCAACUCCACAGCUUGCAAUAACGCGGCCAGCCUUUGCUCAAAAUCCUAUGGCGACAUUACCCACCUUGGCGCGCAUGAUAGUCCUUUUUUGAGAGACGAGUCGACGGGCAAUUCGAUAUCUGGCAAUCAGUAUUACAAUACAACCGUCCAACUCGAUGCUGGUGUCCGCUUGGUAUCGGCCCAAGUCCACAACAGCGACUCCCAAUGGCGACUCUGUCAUUCGAGCUGCGACCUUCUGGAUGCUGGCAGGCUUCGUACAUGGUUGUCUGAGAUCAAGGACUGGUUGGAUUCAAAUCCAAAUGAAGUGGUGACGGUAUUGCUGGUGAAUUCGGACAGUGCCACGGCCUCCGACCUAGCUGCGGAGUUUGAAGCUGCAAACAUCACCGACUACGCCUAUACUCCGACUUCGGAAUCCGCGCCGAGUUCUUGGCCGACACUACAGGAGUUGAUCGAUGCUGGAACCCGGUUGAUGACGUUCGUUGCAUCGUUAGACGAUAAUUCGGGCGCGACGUACCUCAUGGACGAGUUCACCUAUAUCUUCGAAAACCCAUACGACGUGACAUCAGCGUCGAACUUCUCCUGCACGGCCGACAGACCUACCAGGUAUAGUGGUAAUGCAGCCUCGGCUAUCUCGGCCAACAUGCUCCCACUCCAGAACCACUUCCUCUAUCAGACCAUCCUUCUAGACUACCAGGCCCCCAAUGAAAGUUACGUGGGUACCACCAAUGCUCCCUCCGGAGCCGAAGGAAAUCUUGGCGAUGCAGCAUCUACCUGCCAGAGCACCUGGGGCCGCCAGCCAGCUUUCAUCUUAGUGGACUUUUUUGACAAGGGCCCGGCCAUCGACACGGUGGAUAACCUCAACGGCGUCACCAAUGCUGUUGGCCGCACGAAUGUCACCGCCGUCGCGCAGGACGAGGAGAGCUCUGCAUCCACUUACUCGAAUGUGUUCAAGGGCUUGGUUGACCUCGUUCGCAGCGCCCAGUCUGGGGCGAGUACCAGCAUGGGCGACUGGAUCUGGGCUGGCGGUGACUGGGGAGAGAUACUAGGCGGGGGUAUCUCACUUUCUUAA